AUGCUACCACAAGAACCAGACAAGGAGGAUAGACAAAGAACUAAAGAAAGGAAAAGAGAGGACAUCAAAUGCGAAUGUUGCGCACAAAAAGGACAUAGGUGGACAACAUGCCCUACUCUACCAAACAGUCAAUCGAAGAAAAACUUUUUAAUUCGUUCCAAAAGAUGUCUCAACUGUGGAUCUCUUGCACAUAGACAGGACUCUUGUAGCGCAGGAAACUGUCGCAUCUGCCAGGAGAGACAUCACACAGCGGCGUGCAUGAAAACUCCGAAAGGAGAACACCACGAUCGCACGAAAACCAAGGAGGACUUAACGGCUACGUCGUACACGCCUGGUAAAUCAGCAACUAUACAGUCUUGGAGAAAGAGCACACGGAAACCGCUGACCAAAUCGAGACAAAAUGUAGUAACUAUCGACGCCGACUAUCCGGAAGAGAAAAUAGAGGAGAAGGCGUGUGAACCAGAGACAAUGGUGCUCCAAACGAGCAGCUCCCAAUGCGACACUCAAUCGCGGAGAAGUAAGGUCGUACUUUUAGCUGGAUCAGCACGAGUAUGCAACCAAUACAACCAACUAACCACUGUAACGGUUCUUCUCGAUACUGGAUCCGAACUAUCCUUCAUUGAAGAAUCCUUUGCUGAGGAACUAGACUUAACAGUUACGGAUCAGACCAACCUCAUAAUUAGCACUUUUGGGUCUCCUGAACCCAUCAUGAGAACGUGCAAGAUUUCUCAUAUACAGCUUUGCGACGCUGCAGGCACGUUUCAUAAUCUUCGCUUACACAGGAACGAAUUCCUCACGAGCGCGAUUAAACAAGCGGACUUGGAUCAAAACGAUAUAGCCUUCAUAGAAUCACUCAACGUGAAGCUUUCGCUGCCAGUCACGCAAUCGACGCUCCACCCGAAAAUUCUACUGGGUUGUGACUAUCUGUGGAACUUUGUCGAAACCACAGGACAGCACCAAUUACCAUCCGGCUUACGACUCAUUCCCACGAAGUUUGGAUUCAUUAUUAGCAGACGCCAACAAGAGGCAGUGACAAAUGAGACCUCUGUGUUUAUGAUCCAAACGUGGGGUACCGACACACCCGCCACAGAAAAGGAGGUGUGGGAUCGUUACUGGUCUCUCGAAUCAACAGGAACAGAAGAAUACAAAGGACCGCAGAAGACUGGGUUGCAACAGAUCAACGAAAAGGUUCUGCACGACUUCCGGGAAACCAUACAAUGGCGAAAAGAUGGUUAUUAUGUGCGCCAACCAUGGAAACAAGGUCACCCACCACUUCCAGAUAAUAAAGCAAUCACGCUAAGACGAUUGGAAAAGGUGCUGGACAUGUAUCGGAACGAUACCGACGUCCUGACACAGUAUGACAACGUUUUCCGAGAUCAGCACCAGAAAGGCAUAAUUGAAGAAAUGCCACAGGAUGAAACCGCAGAAGGGAAGAUUGUUCACUAUCUUCCUCAUCAAGCGGUUAUUACACCAUCAAAGGAUACCACGAAGAUGCGGAUUGUUUUUGAUGCAUCCGCACAUUACAAGGAUCAACCAUGUCUCAAUGACGUUCUACAUCAGGGUCCUCUGAUCCUUCCUGACAUGCUUGGUCUGCUUCUUCGCUUCCGUACGUACUGCAUAGCAAUCAUCUCUGACGUCGAAAAGGCGUUCCUCCAGAAGCCUCUCUCGCUGGACAACAUCAUCACCUACCGAUUUACGAGAAUUAUACUUGGUCUGAACACCUCACCCUUCUUGCUUGCAGCAACAGUGCAAUUCCACCUAGAGAAUAUGACGCCCACAGAGGUGACAGAAGAGAUCAAGCACAACAUUUAUGUCGAUAACGUAAUCAUGGGAGCACAAUCGACAGAGGAAGCACGGAAAAAAUACCCUGAAGCAAAGGUAAUUUUCAACGACAUCAAUAUGAACCUGCGCGAGUUUAUAUCAAACGACCGCAACUUCAAUGAUGCUCUGCGCGAAGAAGAUCGCAUGCACAACUCGUGUCCAAAGGUCCUAGGGAUACCAUGGUCCGUAGAGUCGGAUAAUCUUAUCUUGAAAGGAGCUAUGCCCACACGGCCGACUGUCACCAAACGUUCGGUAUCGCACCAGUUGGCAUCUAUAUAUGAUCCGCUCGGACUCAUGGUACCUCUUCUUCUCCCGGCAAAGUUGUUCCUACAGUCACUAUGGAGAGAGAACUUUGACUGGGAUACGCCGCUUCCAGAUGACCUACAGCAAAAAUGGACCCAAUUGUCAGAUUCUAUCCAUCACUUUACCAUGACCAUUGAUCGUCGGAUGUGCGACAGCAAGGACAAGACGAGGUUGUUCGUCUUUGCCGACGGAAGUCAACAUGCAAUAGCUUCUUGUGUCUACUUGCGAUUUAGAAGCCCAACUCAUUUGGGAAUAGCAAAAUCAAAGCUCCCAUCACUGAAGUCCGACAUUACGACACCAAAACAGGAGAUGAAUGCGAUGACACUAAGUCUGCGGUUAGCGCGUUAUGCGCACCAGUCUUUACACAUGGUCACCAAACUGGAUCAAAUAUUUUUCUUCACAGACUCUGAAAUCGUUCUUGGUUGGAUCAAAAGCCCUCCUGAGAAAAAAUCUGUUGGAGUGCUCGUCACUAACAGACUCCGAGAAGUAAGAAAUAUAAUAAGGAACCUCAAAGAGCAGGGAGUAACUUGCCAUUUUGGAUACGUCCCAACGAUGGAGAAUCCGGCUGAUUGCGGAACGCGGGGACUAACAGCAUCACCUCUUCAAGACCAUUUCUGGUGGCACGGGCCGGACUUCAUAAGCAAAGACAUCAAUGAAUGGCCACCAACAACAAAGCCAUUCUCGAUCACAGUUGAAGAAGAAGUACACGAGAAUCCCAACCUAGUCAUGCUGGCAAUCCCUCGGGCACAAGAAGAAUCCUCUGUUUUCAAUUUGAGAAAAUUCAACUCGUUACCGAAAGCCCAAAGAGUAGUCAGUUACGUUAUGAGAUUCAUUACAAGACUACUGGCACAUUUCCCUACUCCACGAAAACGAGAGUUUUACGAGAACAUCCCAGCAUUGAAAACUGCUUCAAACUCUCGAGAAUUGCGUGGUAAUGAGCUUCGGGAAGCGAGAAAGGCCAUCAUCAGGGACCACCAAAACACAACCGUCACACCACAUCAGAUGAAAUCUCAGAAAGACCUCAACAUACAGAGAGACGAAGAAGGAAUACUUCGAUGCUAUGGACGCCUGCAGAAGUCGGACUUACCCGACACAGCCACAGCUCCGAUAUACAUUGCUUCAAAAUCCGCUCUCGCCCAGCUUAUAAUAAUGGAGUAUCACAGCAACUAUCAUCAGGGAAUGGCACACACCAUUUCUUCCGUGAGGAAUGACUACUGGAUCCCGAGCAACAAGUACGCACCCUCAUCAAGAAAUGUGUUCCCUGCCAAAAGCUUAAUAGCCUCCCAUACCAAUACCCAAGAAUGGAAUCCUUCCCGCGAACCCGCGUUCAACGAUCUCGACCUUUCCAGCACAUUGGCUUAG